GACAAAAAAUGGAACACACCAGCAGUGUGAGGAGACCUGAAAGUGGCACAUGGCAGAGAGUGUGGCGAUGGAGACAGCAGCAAUGGGAGGCCGUACAGGGACCCAUGAGACACUGUGGACCUGGCAGCAGCAUGAGGAGGCGGUACAGGGGCCCAUGGCAGAUUAGGGGCCUGGCAGCAGCUAUGGGAGGCCCGUAAUCUGCCAGCACCCUAUGACAAAAAAUGGAACACACCAGCAGUGUGAGGAGACCUGAAAGUGGCACAUGGCAGAGUGUGGCGAUGGAGACAGCAGCAAUGGGAGGCCGUACAGGGACCCAUGAGAGACUCUGGACCUGGCAGCAGCAUGA